AUGGCUUGGAUCAGAUGGGACCUCUUAUUUUCUAUAGGUUUAUUCAUUUCACCGGCAUUUGUGUCCACGGAUCAGAGUGGCUUUAGGAGAUACUACGUAUUGCAGCCAGGUCCGAGCGGGACAGACAGGGUACAUGUGAGUUCCAUUUCUUCGCGCUCCAGUGCCACAGGACAGCCCCAUGCCUACAAUGUGGAGCUCACGGCCAGUUACGGUGGCCAGGGCCGAACCCGUAGGAUGGGUAACCAAGCGAACCCGAUCUCGCAUCGCCAGGAUACACAGUUUGCGCUGCACCAGCAAGUCAUUCCGCAGACCAGUCACAACGUUCACCAGAGUCACCAAAUGAAAAUGUCAGGGUAAGUAUACCUGUGGGUGUCUGAAAAUACUUCCUGUUACAGAAGAGUGCAUCUGUCUGUCUAUAGGCUACUUAUCCUCUUGGAUAGCAAGGUGGUCUGGUAUAAAAAUGUAUUGCCUAUGUUGGGUCACCUAACUGUACAGGAGUCAUGCACCUGGUAACAGUGGCGGCUCCUGAAAAAAUUCUCAGGAGGGGCAAUUUUUCUGAUGAUUUAGGUGACCUACACACAUUUUUAAAAAGAUAUGUCCAGCAACAACAUGAAGACAGGGGCAGCAUAUAAGUCAAUACCAGAAGCAUUUAUUGACUGAUCUCAAAAGUGUUGGCUUACAAAAGCAAAAUAAGUUAUCACAGUAAAAAUAAUCAAGGGUGUUCUUUCACAUUCCUCAACACUGCAUAAACAAUAUGUAUGGCUUUGUAAAAAUGAACAACCAUAUUCUGGCCAAUUGUAUAGAUUUGUAAAUAUGAACAACCAUAUUCUGGCCAAUUGUAUAGAUUUGUAAAAAUGAACAUGAACAGAUUUUUUAUUUUUUUGAAUGGCAGUACCUUUCAAACAUGUCUGCUUGCAGUAAGGUAGCACUCACAAGGUGGCCAGAGAAAGAUAACCUUUCUUUGGUGUGAUCCAGGAUGGUGUUGCAGACCUCUUCAGACAGCCUCUGCUUCUCCUCUUCUCUCAAAGCUGUUCUGGGUCUUUUGGCUCCUGUUGCUUCUUGCAGCUGCUGUUGAGAGGAGUCCCUGAAGGCAAACAGACCAAUGUGUUUGUUGGCUUUGUACAGUAUUGUUGUCUAUGUGAUGCACAGGUAUAUGCAAUGUAUCCAUGUAUAGUACAAAUACUUCAGUUCCACUUAAAAUGGGCAGGGAUGCAUAAAGUCUUUAGUGUUUAAGUUAGCCUUUGUGUCUCACAUAGCCUGGAUGUUCAGCACAGUAUACAGUGGUGCUCAUAAGCUUAUGAUCCCAUGCUAAAGUUGACUAAAAAGAGGAAUAAAAAAGAAAAGAAAAUUGGUGUCCUUAAAGGUUGGAUUUUCCAACUUUUUUAAUUAAGUCAUUAAGAUCAAUUUCCAAAAGAUGAUUUUUUUAUUUUUUUAUUCCUCUUUUUAGUCAGCUUUAGAAUGUGUUCAUACACUUAUGAGCACCACUGUACAGUACACAUAGUAUAUAAAAUAAGAUAGAUUACACCACUGGCCAUAUAUAAUGACAAUAAUGUAAUUUCAAACACAAAUGCAGUCUCCUUUCAUGCAUACAUUUUCAAAUAAAGCUCUGCUUUGAGAAAGAUCGAAUGAUAUUGUUUAAUCUUUAUCUUACCUUAUGGCCUGCACACUGCUUGCGAAGCUGUCGAGGGCACGUUUGAUAAAGACAGCAUCGAUGUCCUUAUUCUGUAGCUUCUGGUACGGUGGGCUGGUCAAAUGAACCCAAUGAACCCGUCCGGAUGGCUUCAAAACAUUCUAUGAGGUCGUCUCGAUUCUCGUAGACAGUGUUCACGACUCUGCUGUUGCUAACCUCAUCGUUGUGGCGGCGGACAGCUAGCCUGUAUCCCUCAUCCAGUUGAGUGGCAAUAUUCACUCUCACCAAAGCAGACAACCUCAAACAGCUAUCAAUGUGGGUCUUUGACAGCUCAUUUUUCUUAAUCUUUUCUGAAAGAUGGUGCAUGUCGGUUACACCAGUCGCUGUCCAAGCGUUGCUGUCUGCCGUUCAUGGUUACGUUACGUUACGUAUGACGAAAGCGCGUAAGUGCAAGCCCUCAGACACCCAUAGAGAAUGUAUUGAAAGCUCAGAAAUUUGAAAAAAAAAAAAUUUACAUUAGAGGCUAUGAGAGACUUCUGGGCGAUUUUCAACCUGACUGAAAUCGCCCCAAAACGGGCGGGGACAUUUGAAGCACGACUUUAGCCUGAUUGGACAUUUAGUGGCUGGCAGAUCAGACGUGAACACUGAACUACUGUUGCCAUGAUAUAAUUGAUUAGAAAAAAAAUCCCUUCCUUUUCCCGUUUGGCAGUGCGUCGCCCAUAUCGCCCUAUUGAACACACCGCCCAUGCCUGGUAAAGGAACUCGCUAUUAGACUGGCCAACUUAUUCACUGUAAUAAUUAACAUAAACAUGGUUGUUAAAUAUACAUGAUUAAAUAAAUAUUCUGCAAGACCAACUUAAAUGAUAUAGUGCAUUUGUUUCAUGUAGCUUUUUGAUAUUUCUGACAAAUCAACACGUACAAUACUGUAGACUACUUGUUUGAGACAUUUCACCUAAUUAAUUUCACGUUCAAUGUAUCACUUCUGAACUUUUUUUUUUACAACUUUCAAGUUGAUACGAAAUAAAGAUAUGUAUUAACAUCCACUCAGUAGAGACAGAAAGAAAAACAGCUCAUUUCAAGUAAUGUUCUGAAAGAAUAUAGUGUGCUCAAAGGAAGCGAAAUGGCCCAGAUCCUGUUGUAUUCAGGAGCAUGGCCCCAAGUCGCAGCACUCUCAGAUGUAUGAUUAGUGGGGACAUUCCCACAGUCUCAGCACCAGGCUAAGGGCGCCCAGCUUCACCUCCCAUAAAAGGAAACCCCUAAAACCAGAUCUGGCCCAGUUUUAUUGGUUAAUCUCAGGCUGGGCGACACAGGUGGAUCACUAGGCCCACCAGCAAGUGAGUUUUAGGCAAAAUGAGUUUGUCUUGUGUGUGUGUGACAAUGCUCUCUAUCUCUGUCUCUGGGUGUUGUUGCAGGGUGAAUGUCUGUGGAGGGCAGUGCUGUCACGGAUGGAGUAAGGCCACUGGAUCGCAGCGGUGCACCAAGCGUGAGUAUACACUACACUACCACAGCCGAGCCUCUGCUGCAGGCAGGCCAACAAGUUGCAGUGGUUCAAAAUGUUCUUCCAAAUUCUUGAUGACAGUCUUGGAUUGACUGUAUGUUGUACAUGGCACCUCAUAACUUCUUCCUUUGGAAAAUGUACACAAUCAUCUUUACUCCCGUUGUUCAUCAGGCAGAUCUGUGCCAGAAUACCAGCAUCACACCGUAUAUAUAAUCCAUCCAGUAUACCUACCUCCCCUACUCCACUUGGAAACUCACCCAAGCAUACAUACAUAUGUUUUGAAGGCGCCUUUAGAUGAUUAGUAGUGACAGAUUGGAGAACAGCACCUUUGUAUUCUGUUCUUUAUAAAUAACUGGCAUUGCUGACAGUGACUCUGCCCACCUGGGAACAAUGACAGGACUGUCAGUGUGUUGGGGCCCGUGUUGCAGAGUCAUGAGAACACUGUUAUUGCAUAGGAGUAGGCACGCAGGGUCGGCCCGAAAGAGAAACAGGUUUGGAGUGUUUUAUACCUCUUGGCUCAGCCCCACCAGCUGGAUCUUUCGUAUUUGACUGUGAGGCUUUGCCGGCUGGUUAUAUAAGAGACAGACAGCUCUCUUCGCCGAGUCUGGUGGACCUCCUGGGGAAACCAGGGGUUACGUUUUAGUCUAGGACCCCUGAUUCAUACGUUUAAUAGGCCCAGCGUGCCUGCACUACUCUACUCUGGUCUGCUCACACUUAAGACUGGGCUCCACUUUGUAGAAUGGCAUGGGCUCCUUGGCAUGGUCUGAGGCAGCAGAGGUUAGGUGGGGGAGUGGGUGCAGUCAUGCAAUGUACCAUGGGGGAAUGCUGCUGUUUAGAUGGGAAUGGGAAAUGCUGUGCAAGGUCUCUGGAGGAGAACCAAUAGUGGACCUUCCUACAGUACCGAUGGCUUUAAUUGGUCCUUUUGAUGUCAGGAUCAGAGUCCAGUACGCCCUACUGUAGCCAGAUACUGGAAUCGGGGUGGACAGGAUGGAGGAAAGAUGAAAUGUUAUAGGGAGUUUCAAUGACUGCUUUUUAAAAACCUCAAAAGAUCUUUGUGUCACUAGAUUUCUAUUACUGUACAGUUGCUCUUUCUGGGAAAAUGGCUUUAUGUUCUUGAAAUCUUUUUAUUUUCUAAGCUUAUUCUCAGGUCAUCCGGUGUUCACCGCUCAUUUCUAUGAUUUUUCACUGGCCGUGAUAUUAAUAUGUACAGUAGUAUAGCACCAGGGAAGCACUGUGAGGAGAAGUUCCAUUCAUCUAUAGCAAUGAAUUGCUGUAGACGACCCUAAUAAAUAUGAUGAAUAAUGCAACUAUGAUUGAUGAUAUAGUGUAAGCGACCAACGCAUAUGCUUGGCUUUUCUUCCUUUUCAUUCUGCUUGUUUUUUCCUACAUGGAAAAAUAUUAUAAUAACUCACUCCUGGGCUAUAGGCAGUCAUAUCUUUUAUGGAUCGCUCUCUAUAUCUUUUGCUCAAUUAGUUUUUCAGGAUCAUCUCUUUUUUUUCUCUUCUACCUACCUUGUCACAGAAGAUAGACUAGGUUGUAAAUCCACCCGCUAAAUGUUUAAUGGAGUUUGAUUUCCAGGACACCCCAGCCCCCCCACCCACUACCCUUACCGAAAAUGCUAACAAAAGGGUUUCUUAAUAUAAAUUAAUUUUGUUUGUUCUGGCAACGCCUUACACGUGGCCUGCUAGCAUGCUGCAUAAAGUGCUCUUUCAGGUUGUCACGCCAACAACCUCCCAACCUCCCACCAAGGCAAGCCCAGAUUUUAAUUUUCUCUGGGUAGCUAGUAGAAGCUGUGAAAAUCUUACCAUACAUUACCACUAGGAUAUUUAAUCCAGGAUAUUUUCCAUGCAAAGCCACUCACAAUACAUACUCAAGAAUUGAUGUGCAUUUAAGAGUGAGUGUAGCUCAUUUUAAAACGUUCCUUAAACAGUGACACAGAGAGCUGAAAACCUGGCCUAUUUAAUACAUGGCAAAUGGACCAAGCAUGUUUAAUCAUGAAGCUGUUAUUGCCAUUCCUUAUUACAUGACAUCAUGCUGUAACCAUGACACUAAUGUUGAAAAUAUGUUAUACAUGUUUUGCACCUUAGAAUAUUUCAGUUGUUUGUUUGUUUAUUUGUUUGUCUUAAUGGCAUCCAGACAGUUUCAAGCAUGUGAUGCAGAUGCUACAAACACCUCUCUGUCCUCUUAAUGGACUGUAAUCUAAUAGAGAUUAUGAGCAAACAUCCCAAGGAUUUAUUCAGUCUAUUCCUGACGCAAAGAAGGUAGUCUAACGACAUGUGAUGAUUGAAUUGCAGAGCAGAAUAGCACUCUGUUGUUUUUUCUGCUAGAUUCAAGACUAUCCGCAACAGAAAAUAGCUUGUAGUAUUAAUAGGCCUUUAAUAUAAUAACAAAUGCCACUUAGCAUUCACUUUUAUACAAAUGACUUACAGUACAGUGAGUGCAUUCAUUUUUAGAAUGUGUAGGCCUACAGUGUGUGAUCCCUGUGGGUAUUCAAUACACGACCUUGGCGUUGCCAGCUCUACUAAUAAAGAUUAGUUAGACUUUUGUUUGUCUGAGAGAGAACCGUGUUGGAUGGUCUUCCAGAUCCCUCUGGGGUUCAGGCAGCAGCAUCUCCAUCAGGCUCUAUCCCUCCGCUUCCACUGGAGUCUGGCGGGGCUAUGUACAAUGUGGAGCCGCAUGGUAAUCUCACGCUUUGAAAAGCUGCCCAGCCCAUUUCUCCCUUAACCGAGUGCAACCCAAAAGUAAGCAGACCGGGCCAGACAAAACAGAACAUGAAAAUAUUUCACUUCUGCGUAGCUGCACGGCACAGCGGAGGAGCAGUCUUCAUUUUUCAAGAAGGAUUGCUCAUGAAGAGGCUACUUGAAAGUCCCCCAAAGUUAAGAGAAUGUGACAGGUUCAACCAUUUCAUAUAUUUAAAGGCCCAAUGCAGCCGUUUUUAUAUAAAUUAAGUACCUUACUAACAGAUUUCCAUAAAAAUGGGCAUAUGUAGCUUUUCAGCAACACAUUUUUUUCCUCAAUAAAUAAUUUUGCAAGGACUGUCUGGGAGUGGUCUGAGUGGGGAGGGGAAAACUCAAAACUAGCUGUUAUUGGCAGAGAGGUUUGGAACACUCUUUGUUAUUGGUCUAUUAACCAAUUUACCACAUGGUGAUGUCACCAUGGAAAUCUGAAACUCCCGCCCAUGCAAACCUGUAGAAGGUCCUGUGCAGAUUGUAUUUUUAACCAUGAACUAUCAGAAAAUAAAACAGAAAAUUCACACUUUUACAGUGUUAAUUUCAUCAGCUGUUGUAGAAUAUGAUAUAAAAAAAACAGUAAAAAAAUAAUUUAUACUGCGCUGUGCCUUUAAGCGGUCUCAUGCUUUGCCUUGCGUGUCCCUAAAAGACAGCACAGGAUGUUGAAAGCAAAUGAGGCAGCCAGAUACUGCAGUGGAUGGGAUGGACUCACAAAGGUGUUUUUGUACACUUGUUCCUCAUCCUUAGUUGAGGGUAAUUUAAAGAUGCUGUAGCGCUCACAAGACUAGUCCAAGAGGAGAAUUAGAACUAUAGCCUAUUGGAAGAGGCAGAGAAACUCUUUUGAAAAGCUGCAUAAUAAAUCAGGGAAAUCAGUCCAUUCUUAGACAAUGGAAAUGUGUGACAAGAGAGAUGGAGGAAAUAGAGCAGUGUUCAUCUCAGCCCAGCACCUGGUGAUUUAUGAUUAGUCUGCUGAUUGAGGGGAACGUCUGUGGCUGCUGUCAUUAUACAGUGCCUAUUCAGAGGCCCUGGAUCUGGAGCAGCAGUUAAGUGGGGUGAGGACCAAGUAUGGGCACAAUACCAUGGCAACAGGAAUGUCUUAAUCGACUUGGCUCUCCACAUGCUUUAGUGAACCACAAUGUCAGACACUUGGCUGGAAGUUUACAAUGCUGCUGCUCAUUCAAUGGACAGCAACAGAAUUCAGUGUGGUCUUGUGUCAACUCCAGCGAUAAACACAAUGAUUAGCUGUAAUUGAUAGAAAUGGCCAUUGAGGCCCAGACUCCUUGAGUCAGCAAUGUAGCCAGGUGCUCUGUCUCUGUCCUACAUAUUGUACAGGAGGUGGGUAGACAGACACAGUUUAUAUUGAGUAAAAGCAUGAGUGAGGAAAAAGACAUCAAUCAAAAAGUAAUCUUUUAUUUCUUGUCAAACACAGUAUUCACACAACUGCAACACUAUUUCAGACCCAAUUUAACUUUGUGUGUGAGAAAUAGAUCACGUAAUAAAAACUUUUGGUCAUCUGCUGCCUUGGGAAUAAGUGAGGCUUUAGGGAUUGGUGUGGACAGGCUGUAGGAUGGGUGGUUAUUCAACUAAUGGUACAUCCCGUAACACCUGCACUAGAACAUUAUUUCCUGAGAGAGGGAGUAGUCCCUCCCUCCCUCCCUCCCUCCCUCCCUCCCUCCCUAACUCCCUCCCUCCCUAACUCCCGCCCCCCUCCCUCCUUUUUUAAAUAUAGGCACACACAAAGUUAUUAUAAGGGUACACAUCAAUCGAGAACCCCCUCCCCUCCAAACACAGACACACAUUUUAGUAUUCCAUGACAGACCCUUGCAGAUUCCAGCAGCGCUCCCAAUGAGUCCACCAAGGUGUAGUUUCAUCAGUGGAAUGUCACUUUGAAUGAUUUAUUUUCCCUCCCCAGCUAACACUUAAAUCGGCAUCACUUAUACUGUGCCCUUGUCACAGAACAGUGUUCUUGUGUAGCCCUACCUCUGCUUGAGAGUAACUAUUCACAAACAGAUGGCAGCCUUACUCAGGUCCUGCAAAGGUACAUCGGCGAAAAAAGAAAACAAUUUCCGUUACUCGGAAAAGAAAGCAAAAAAGCCGCCCCAGAGUGGAAAAUUAUAGUGUGGGGUAUGUAGAAACCAAAACGUAACUCAGCAGGAGUGAUGUAAUCUGUGAUGUGAUCGCCCCCUGAUGCUUCUAAGGGGGGUUGCUUGUUGCAUAGCAUGUGUUCAUUAGGUCUCCUGUGUCUGAAUAGCUCAGUGGGGUGGAGAAAGUGUUGAGCCAGUGGUGAACCAGUUGUAGAUGCCCAUCGAGAGAGAGGGAUUUUUUUUUUUUCAAGGUCUUGGGUGGUGCAUGACUUGCUUUUUGAUGCAGUUUGCUCUCACUCUCAUUAAUCACUUUCACAAAUCAAAAGGAGCUAAUGAGGAGUGUGGAGCAGGAACCCCAUCUCAGGGACCCUGUGGGGCCGGGGAGAGAGAGACCCCUCACUUUCCUUUCACACUUCACACACGUGAAGCCCACUGGCAUUUUGGCUCAGCUGAAAGCAAGUGUGUGUGUGUGUGGUUGAAAAAUGCUUUGUAGUUGAAAGAUUACAGUCCCAGUCCUGUGCCUUUAGAGAAAAGAGCCCAGUGUAAUUACAGGCGACCUGCAAGGCUCCUGUAACAACUCUAAGAAAAACCCAAAUACAUACAUACACACACACAGUCCCUCUCUCUGAUGCCCCAAACCACAACACAUUAUGUUAUUGCGCCAGGGACUCCAGUCAUUGAUUGCAGGGCCUCUGCUGGAGUAAAGCACCACGAAACUCUCAGCUUUGGGAUGGGUGGGGGUAUAUUCACAGUGUGAGGAACCAUGGAGGUGGUAUUUACAUUGGCUGCUAAUAACGACAGAGAGAGAGGCAUGGGAACACUUUUCUCCGACAUGAUUGUGAGGCAUUUAGAUUCUGUCACUGUUUUCUAUUACUGUCCCUCUUCCUUAAGCAGGACAGAAAGCUUAUUAUGAAUGCUCAGUACUGUAGAGAAUUCAUUUGUUAACCAGGAAAAAAACAACUCCAUGUUUGGUAAUGCAUUAAUUCAUGAUACUUUUUUCCAAAUUUGUGCAUUACUUCUGGUUUGAGUAAUGACUCUAUGGCACCUAAAUGAACCCCCCUAACUGAGUUUCCUCAAUCAAUGUCUUAAUAUACACUGAGUGUACAAAACAUUAGCUCUUUCCAUGACAUAGACUGACCAGGUGAAAGCUAUGAUCUCUUAAUGGUGUCACCUGUUAAAUCCACUUCAAUCAGUGUAGAUGAAGGGGAGGAGGCCGGUUAAAUAAUGAUUUUUGAGCCUUGAGACAUGGAUUGUGUAUGUGUGCCAUUCAGAGGGUGAAUGGGCAAGACAAAAGAUUGUGCCUUUGAAUGGGGUAUGGUAGUAGGUGCCAGGCCCCGGUUUGAGUGUGUCAAGAACUGCAACGCUGCAGGUUUUUCACACUCAACAGUUUCCCGUGUGUAUCAAGAAUGGUCCACCACCCAAAGGACAUCCAGCCAACUUGACACAACUGUGGAACGAAUUGGAGUCAACAUGGGCCAGCAUCCCUGUGGAACACUUUCGACACUGUGUAGAGUCCCCAUGCCCUGACGAAUUGAGACUGUUCUGAGGGCAAAAGGGGGUGCAACUCAAUAUUAGGAAGUUGUUCCUAAUGUUUUUUACACUCAGUGUAGCUACCAAAGGGCUCCCUGAGACGACAUCAUAGAAGUGGCAUUUAACAUGGGAUAUGUCUGCUUCUAGAGUGUGCGUGUGUGUGAAUAUGUACACAUUGCCCUCUUACUCUCUCUCUUUCUCUCUCUUUUCCCCCUAUGUUUUGUGCUGCAGCCAACUGCCUGCCCCAGUGCCAGAAUGGAGGAAUGUGUCUGAGGCCCCUGCUCUGUGUCUGCAAGCCGGGCUCCAAUGGCAAGGCAUGUGAACAGAAGACCAUGCCCACCUCUUCCAACCCAGCGCAGCCAGGGAACGGCCACACCAAUGGACACACCAAUGGCCGUAGCAUAGUGCCCCAGAGGCCCAUUCCCCAGCAGGUGCCCAUCCCCCAGCAGGGUUAUGCCCCUGCCCCAGUCCCUGUCAGCAACAUGGCUCAGAUGACCCUGACCGUCAAGCAGUCCCCCCACCUUGUCCGGCCCCAGCAGUGA